AUGGGCUACGUGAUUGGAAAUAUCUAUGUCAUCACCACGGUGGCCGUCAUUGGCGGUGCACUGUUUGGCUUCGACAUCGCAUCUAUGUCUGCUAUUCUUGGUACUCAACAGUACAAGUGCUUCUUUAAUCAGACCGGCACCACAGAUGGACAAUGUGGUGGUCCAACCUCCGCAAACCAAGGUGGCAUCUCGGCAUCCAUGCCCGGUGGCUCCUUUAUCGGUGCUCUCGUUUCUGGUAUAUUGACUGAUUGGCUGGGUAGAAAGCGUGCCAUCCAGGUCGGCUCACUCAUUUGGUGUAUCGGAAGUGCCAUCGUCUGCGCCUCCUUCAGCAUUCCUCAGCUUGUUGUGGGCCGCUUUAUCAACGGUAUCUCCGUCGGUAUUCUUAGUGCUCAAGUUCCUGUCUACGUCGCCGAACUGGCUCAGCCUAGCAAGCGUGGCACUGUCGUUGGUGCUCAACAGUGGGCUAUCACCUGGGGUAUCCUCAUCAUGUUUUACGUCUCUUAUGGAGUGCUUCCUGCUGUCUUUCUCUGCGGUAUGGUCUUUCUGCUGCCCGAGUCGCCGCGUUGGCUGGCUAAGCACGACCGCUGGGAGGAAGCACACGAGGUUCUCGCGCUCGUUCACGCCAAGGGCGACCGUAAUGCAUCCUUUGUACACACUGAGCUGCAAGAGAUCCGUGAAAUGGUUGAGUUUGAGCGUCACAACGCGGAUGCCUCGUACCUCGAUCUUUUUAAACCGAACAUGAUCUACCGGACACAUAUCGGUAUGUUCACACAGAUCUGGUCCCAGCUCACAGGCAUGAAUGUCAUGAUGCUUUACAUUACGUACGUUUUCGGCAUGGCCGGUCUGUCGGGUAAUGCCAACCUCGUUGCCUCAUCUAUUCAGUAUGUCAUCAACGUUGUUAUGACUAUCUUCGCCCUCAUCUUUAUCGAUCGCUGGGGUCGUCGUACUCCUCUGCUAGUCGGAUCCACUCUCAUGAUGAUCUUCAUGUUCGCCAACGGCGGCAUCAUGGCAUCCUACGGAAAGCCGGCCCCACCAGGUGGAUUGAAUCACACUCCCGAGCAGUCCUGGGAUCUGUCUGAGGCCCCUAUGGCCGCAAAAGGAGUCAUCGCCUGCACAUACCUGUUUGUGGCGAGCUAUGCACCCACUUGGGGCCCGGUCAGCUGGAUUUACCCACCCGAGCUGUACCCAUUGCGGCUGCGUGGCAAGGCCGUGGCACUCUCGACCUCUUCCAACUGGAUCUUCAAUUUCGCUCUUUCCUCCUUUCGUGCCACCAGCGUUUGA